CUUGAUUUGCGUUUUUGGUGAACUGCUAACAGGAUGAUGCGUUUACGUGAUGUGGCUGAAGAGUAUAUGGAGAAUUCAACGCUUCAUGGAGCACGUUUCAUUGUGGACAAAGAGUUGACUUGGUUGGAGAAGUUAUUCUGGGCCUUGUGUUUGGGGGUUUCUUGGUAUGCAUCAUGGCAGUUGAUAAAGGCUUCGUUAGAAGCCUUUGAGAAUAAUGCCAUCAGUUUCGGUGUGGAAUCAAGUUAUCGUGAUUGGGAGACCAACUUCCCUGCCAUAGUGAUAUGUGAGUCGAAAAAUAUGGAUCGCAUACAAGAGGUGGCUGAGCAACUGUGGGGUGCCGAUCAUGAUUUCACCUUGGAAGAAGUUCUUAGCGAAAUUGCCUUCUUUCGUGGUGAGUCCUAUCACACUGUUCACGAGUGCGGCGGUGAAGAGCCCUCGGAGAAUUGUUUCUAUACAAAUUUUUCCUACUACGCCCAAUUGGUACGCAGCAGUUGUGACAGUACCAUCAAGAAUUGUAUGUGGAAUAAUAAACCAUUUCAAUGUUGUCGAUAUUUUCAUCGUAUGGAGACUGAAUUGGGAUUAUGUUAUGCUAUAAAUUCAUUGCAAGCGGGUAAAAAUGAAGGCCCUCGUUUAAAUUUGUGGUCAAAUCGCCAUACUGGUCCGGGAAAUCUCAAAUUGGAUAUACAUACAGAAGCUGUGGUUUUCAUUUUAGGCGAAGAGGAAGUACCUACUUUAGUCACCCCAAAAACGGACUAUCUUAUUGUAGGUCCUUACAUAUCCUUUGUACGUCACAUAGCCAAACGUGAUAUUCAGAAUGAUGAACAAAUUCGCGACACCAAAGUCUGACAACGUAAUUGUCGUUUCAAUGAUGAAAACAAUUUGGAUGUUCAUCGCUAUUACAGCUACAGUGCCUGCACUGUGCAAUGCCGCAAGGACAAACAAUUGGAAUUGUGCAACUGUUCCAGCCACUUGGCUCCCAAUACGCCAAGUCAUCAAAUGUGCAACAUGGAUGGCCUGGAGUGUCUAAAUCGCAACUAUGAGGAUUUGUCGGUAAUUAUAGCCAAAUGGUCGAAGAGUCGUCGUGGCUUGGUCUGUGAUUGUUUGCCCUCCUGCACAGAGGUGGAUAUAACCACAGCAGUGGACAGUAAAGAUAACAUUUACAGUCAAAUACCAUUCUCAAAAGUGGAAAUAGCCUUGGUGGAAUUGCCAACGGAACGUUAUAAACGGAAUUUGGUUAGAGGAAAAUUGGAUUUGGUUGUAUCCAUUGGUGGUACUACCGGCCUGUUUGUGGGUGCUAGCCUUCUAAGCUUUGUGGAAAUUGUCUACUAUGCCACCAUACGUCCUUACGGCAGCAUGAUGACCAAAAAACGCCUUCUUCGACAGCAACUUCAGCGGGACAUGUCUUAAUUGGUAAGAGAAGGCGAUUCUUAAAAAGAAAGCCAGAUACAUCGGCACUUAAACGGGGCAUAUCCUAAUUGGCGAGAUGCAGCGAUUUCCUAGCAACAAGGGAAAAGGCAUCACUUUUUUACUACGUUUUUCAGAUAUUUAGCGAGCACAGUUUGCAAUCUGUUUCAUUGUCGUUGUUGUUAACCCAAUCUAUUGCUUAUCACUUAUUAUCGCAAAAAAAUCACACAAACAAAUAAAUUAUCAUGUGCUUAGUCAGCA